CCGGAUCCUUCACCGGCCACCGCGAACUCGGUAGUGCAACGCCUGUGAAUGCCUGAAAAGGAAAGGAACGUGAGAAUGGACUUGACAGCCCUGUUAGCGGCGCAAAGCGACGCUCAUGGUCGCCUUGCCCGCUCGGUGACGAACUUGAAAAAGAUGGGCGCAGAAAACAUCACGCUUCACGCCGUUGAGACACGCCUCAAGCUCCUUGACCAAACUUGGGCGAAGGUCGAGGUACAGCAUGAGGCCAUCCGAGCGCUCUACAAAGAGGGUUUCGACUCAAGUGAGUACAACCAGACUCAUUUUUUUGACAAAAUCGAAGACACUUACGUGAUGGAACGAAGCGUGCUCAGCGAAUACGCGAGACGGCUCCAACCAGAGCCAAGUUCCGCUCCGCCGAAGGAGUCCGGUAACGUCUCCUCCGUGUCUGCGCUACCUCGACUCAAGGUGAAGACGUUUUCGGGUGCGUUCGAAGAGUGGCCUACCUUCCGCGACAGCUUCUUGUCGAUUGUCGGGAAACACUCGUCCAUCUCGAACAUCGAACGGUUCCAUCAUCUGAAGCUCUGUCUUGACGGAGCCGCUGAAAGAUUGAUACGCCCGUUAGCCGUGAUUGGGGACAAUUAUCCGCGCGCGUGGAAAAUGUUAAAGGAACAUUACGAGAACAAACGGGAAGUUGCGCGUUCUAACUUCGCCGCGUUCACCAGCACCCCCAAAAUGAAAAGCGACACCGCCGAAGAACUUGAUCGGAUAUACAACGCCGUGACCAGUGUCGUGAGCGGGCAAGAGGGUAUCGGUCGACCCAUCGCUUCACACGGCUGCGAUUUGCUGAACCAUCUCGUUGCCGAGCUUUUCGACCCGAAAACUCGCCUCGAGUGGGCCUCUUACACAAGCGAAUCGGACGACGUUCCAAGUCACGAGACUCUAGUGAAGUUUAUUUCGCGACGAGCUCUCACUCUCAAAGUCGCGAAGGCGACUACCGCCAAGGUCUCUGGAGACCCGCCGCGAUCCGCGAAGUCCCAUCUCCCUAAACGGUCCAUCGCCUCAUCGCAGUGUGUCUUGUGCAAGGGCAAGCACCAUGUCAUGAUGUGCGACGAAUUUAAGGCGAAAUCCGCGAUCGAACGUAAAACCGUCGCGGAAACGCACAGACUUUGCUUCAAUUGCCUCGGCUCGCACCAGUUCGCGAAGUGUCAAUCCGCGAAAACGUGCGUGUCUUGUAAGGCUCGGCAUCACUCGAUGCUCCACGAGGCUUACACCCCGCAGACUGUCUCCGAAGCCAACGCUCUCUCCGCAGUGCGUCAGGACGACGAAACCAAGGCGAUUCUCCUCGCGACCGCGAGGGUGAACGUCGCCGACCGCCACGGAAUACCGCAUGCGAUCAGAGCCCUGAUCGACCAAGGAUCAGAGGUCUCUCUGAUCUCCGAAGCGCUCGUGCAGCGCCUGCGACUACCCCGAUCUCGAUCCUCCGUGUCAAUUAUCGGCAUCGGGGGUUCCCGCACCGGGUCCAGCAGAGGACGGGUCACGCUCA